AUGGUCAAGGACCACAGCACUAAUGGCAACCUUUUCGCCACUCUCGCCAUGACGGAUGGACGAAGCGUUUCUUACUGCAUGAACACCGUCCACGAAGUUUUGGUCAACAGGGGUUUUUGGGUCUUGAUAUCUCGAGUUGAUGACCCAUUUGUACUGUCUCAAGAAUAUCUAUGGGGAGGAUUGUUCACAGCACUGGUCGCCUUGCCCACACAGCUUUUCUUUGCAUACAGAGUUUGGCAGUUCAGUGGAAAUAAGUGGAUAUUUCCAGCGAUAUUUGUUCCGUGCUCCCUGUUUCAGUUCGCGGGAUAUAUUGCAUUUAUUGCACUCUGUCUCAACGGUGGGCCCACCGCACAGAUUAUCUUCGCCAUAGAGAAAUUGCCCAUGGCGUUUUGGGGUGUUAGUGCAGCCGAAGACAUGCUGAUCUCUCUUGCCUUAAUGUGGUUCAUAUGGCGCAAGCGGGCUGGGGUAGGGUUUGACAGGUAG